CGUAGCCUUAUCAUUUCAAUUUUACGUAUUUCCUUCGAUCGUAAAAUACGAUCUUACGAACUCGAGGUCUCCAAUGCCGUUCAUUAUUUGUUUAUGCAAAAUUUAUUUCCGGAUACCUCGAGUUCGCUCGACAAAUUUGCACAAUUGGUUGCCGUCUCGCCGAGCUUCUUUUCGUCCACUUUUGAAUCACUCUGUAUACAUACGACGUCCUGUAAUCGGUGGCUCGAACCGACGCAUAGAACAUGUUCGAAGCUCGUGUUUUCGAAGCAUUGAAUUUCUAAAGAGAUUUCUUCUUCACUUGUUGAAUCUGAGAGCAGCGGAAAGAUCGACGGGAUACGAACGCUCUGUCCUCGCGGUCUCGUCGUCCCGUUGCUCGGCCGGACAAUCGCGAAACCCGGCCGUACGAUCCAGCCGGCUGCGGUGUGAGAGAACGGCGGUCGAUCGAGGAUCCGAGGGAGGGGAGGAUCGGACGCCGCAGGAUCCCCGCGGACGUCCACGCGUGUACCUCGGACGGCACGCGCAACCCGAUGGGAAUCACGAGCAUGCGGCAUCCGCCGAUCGGUGCUCCUUAGGGUUCAUUAAUCCCUCCCCCGACACCCCCUAAUCAUCACGACGAAAUCAUGCUGCCGGCAUGCGGCAGACUGGCGCACUUCAAGAAGAGAUUAAAGGCCCGCGAGCUGCAGCAUCGAAAAACGAUCUGCAUCGUGCAAGGCGGAUAAGAUGAGCAAGAGCGUCGAGCUACUCGCUGGGUCGGAGGACAGUGAACAGAUAGCAGCCGAGAACAGCCGGGUGGAGGAGAGAUCCAGACUGAACCUGAACGGGAGCCGUCAGCUCUCGAAAAGCGCCACGGAGCUCCGGAACAACGACAACGGUUCGCCGUCACGACGCGGUGAACAGGCCGACUCCGGGGGCGCCCAUCAGCACCGUCAUCAUCGUCACGCCACCUCGGUGGCGCAGCGAACGCACACCUUCUUCGCCACUUUGAAGAGCCGGUGGGCCCGCAGCCGCAGCAAAGAGAGGAAGAAAUCGAAGGAUGCCGGCAGCUCGCACCAGGACGCCGCCUACAAGGGCGUCGAGUCCGAUUACGCCGCGGAUUACUCCUCCGAGCACAGCAAGAGCUCCUCGGCCACGCAGAGCCCUGCCAGGCACUGUCUCAAUCAUCCAGAGUCGCCGUUGGUGCGCGGGAGGCAGAAUGUCGUGACGAAGCCGGAGGAUAGCCCUGGAAAAAGCAGCGAGGCUCACUCGAAAGGGUCCUUGAGCUUCCAGACGCAGAACGAGGAGGCUCCUGGAUCGAUCGGCCAGGAUGAGAACGUGUUCCUUCAGGAGGAAGCCACGCGGAGGAGGGAAUUGGCGUUGAGGCAGCACGCGUUUUUCCAGCUUCGUUUGCACAUCAGACGGGGAGCGAACCUCGUUGCUAUGGAUAGAUGCGGCGCCAGCGAUCCGUACGUGAAAGUGAAAUGCUCCGGUCGAUUGCUGCACAAGUCCCGGACCGUUCACCGCGACCUCAAUCCAGUUUGGGACGAGAGCGUGACCUUGCCUAUCGAAGACCCUUUCCAAGCUCUGACAAUCAAGGUCUUCGACUAUGACUGGGGUCUUCAGGACGACUUCAUGGGCGCCGCGCAGCUAGAGCUAACGCAGCUAGAGCUCGGCCAGCCGCAGGACAUCGUGCUGGAGCUGAAGGACCCGGCCAGGCCGAAACAGCAUCUCGGCGACAUCUACUUAACAGCGACACUCUGGCCGAGAAAUCAGCAGGAGAAGGAGCAAAUGGCGAUGCAGCUUUUGCAACCUAACGCAAUGACUUAUGGGUCAACCGAAUACAAUGGUUCAACGAGAACAUUAAUAUUGAACGAUAUGAAUUCACCAAGCAAAGAAUUCCGACUUAAAUGUUACAUCGUUGUCCACGCGUAAAAGUAGAAGAUAAAA